UCUCUUUUUUAGUUAACUAUAAUCCUGUAACUUGGCAGUUGUUUCGAGUUACUUGGACAACAAAACUACAAUUAAUACAAGAGAAUGUUAGAUUUAGCACUUUCAGAAAAUGGCACUAAAAUUGGUCUGGCCACUUCCAGUGAUGAAGAAUAUCCGCCAGAAAAUAUAAUCGAUGGUAAGACUGAAACAUUUUGGACAAUGACAGGUCUUUUCCCACAAGAGUUUGUACUCAGUUUUCCAUCACUAAUGGAGAUCAAUGAAAUUGUUAUAUUAUGUUGUAAUGUGGCAGACUUGAGAAUUGAAUCAAGUAUGAAAAGUAGCCUAGACUCCGGUGACUGGAAUUUUCUGGCUGAAAGCACAUUACCUAUGUUGGAGUCAGAACUAACAGAAGAAAAGUUUUUAGUUAAUGCCAAAGUUCAAUAUUUAAGAUUCCUCAUUCUAUCAGGACACGACAGUUUUGCCUCCGUACACAAAGUAUCAAUAAAUGGCACUUCAGUUCGUUAACGCAGUCCUACAUUUUCACAUGUUCACAUUUUUAUUCAUCCAAAAACCUUUUAUGUCUGUUAAUUAUAUAUUUUAAAAUCAGGAUUUACCUUUGGGCAGUUUGAAUGUUAUUUAAUAAAACAAUAAUUGUAUAAUUGGUUGAAUGUUCAAAUAUAAGAGAGGAAUUGUAAUUAAUUGGAACUAAGACAGACUGCUAUUAAAUACUUCUUAUUUUGACCAGA